AUGUCAACAUCAAGCAGACUUCAGCAUUCCUCUAUUGUGAAUCCCCCUCCACCAGAGUACAUAAAUCAUGAAAAAACAGGACGUGUAUCUAACCAACUUAAACACCUGGAAAAAGUGGUUUUGAAGACUGUAUGGAAGCACAAAUUUUCUUGGCCAUUUCAACAACCAGUGGAUGCAGCAAAGUUAAAUCUUCCUGUAAGAUCAUGGCUAUCAUAAGUUCAUGAUGAAAUAGUAAACACGUUUUCCCUGCAGAAAAUAAGCUUUAUGUUCACCAAAUGUUAUCAACUUAUUAUAUGGUUCUCCUUUCUCGCAUGUUGGAUAUCUGCACCAAACCCACACUUAAUUGUGGACUCUGAUUUGUGGUGGUUAGCAGGAGACUAGCUAAAUAGCGAUUUUUGCAUCACAGUAGGACCUUCAUACACCAGAACAAUUGCAGAAAACCAACACAGCUUCUCCUAGUCUAAUGAGCUUUAUGACCAUGUGUGUUUUCUGAUUUGGAUUACCUAACCUGCUGUAACACAGUAUUAGUCAAUAUUGUGACACCUUUUUUAUUUUUUAUUUUAACUAUAUAUAUUUAAUAUCUAUAUCAAAAUUUUCACUUGUAAUUGGCAAAUGAAAUUAACCUUUAGGCCUGUCUAGUAGCAUAGGACUUUAGGACUUGAAACUUUGAGCCCUGAUGUAUGUAUUUGUUGUGCGACAUGGGAAAACCACCUGUAGCGGAGCUCCCUGUACCCCUGGCUGGUUACCUCCACCAAGGACUGCUUCAUAGCUGGAACAGGGGACAAACUGCAGCCCUUCUGUCCACAGUCGCUGUGGCUUGACUGGGGUCCUGGAACCACUCCCUCCUGGAGCUGAAUGGGGAAUUCACUCAAGACACCCCCAGGCACUGGACGACACUCAGUCCUGGGAGCUCUAGUUCUUACAAGGACUUUCCAGUUGAAUCCUCUACACUGGAACAAUGAUUAAAGAGUAGCCCUUUCCCCUCCCAGUAACCAGAUGACACAUGGUUCUGGGAGUACAAGCUGGAAUACGUUUACUCCUGCUUUUAUACAGUUUCAAAUACAGUUGAGUACGCCCCUGACACUCCCACAGAAAACAGGAUAAUCCCUCCCCUACGCCUGGGAGAUAUUCAGCAACUGUACAAACUCAAUUAUCUCCAGGCACAAAAAACACACAUUUCACAAACACCCCAAAAGUACCUUUAAAAUACAUAAAACCCCCACAAAAGUUACAUCCCCCAAUAGGCCCAAUCUGGGUGACCAACCUAUUUAAAAAUCACCCAGAUCGGUUCAUGGGUUCGGAAUUUUCAUGGAAGUCCUAUACCCAAAACAGUUCCAUGAAAUCAGUGCUAACGGUCGGUCAAGUUCGGUAGUCUUUUACAGGUUUCCCUGCAGGGCCCAUAGUCUGUGGGCCGAAGGCUGGCAAGCAGACUCAUCUAGGAGCUCAUGGAAAACUCACGUGGGAAGGGGAGUUUGUCACACCACUAUUUUUCAUCGUGAUGCAAAAAGAGCGACUCAGGUUUCAUUGUAAUGCACUGACUGCAUUUCAUUGUUUUAGCCUGUGCAAACACCACAACAUGAUGCAAGUAUUCAAACACACCUAGACCCAGUGUCCAUGGUCUAGAAUAUGCAGUCUUGUCAAACUACACCAUGCGGGCAUAAAAUAGAUCUCAUACCUGGAAAUAAGCAUAGAGGGAAGGAGACAUACAACAUAGCAAAUGGAAUAUUCCAAAGAAGAGUUUGACCACUGGCAACAGCAAGCUGGAAUAACUGCAUUCGGUCUGAGACCUGAAAAUUUCAUAGAAUUGUUUCUUCUCAGCAGGUAGAAACCAGUGGGUUGUUUUGCAUCACCAUGGCAGCAAGGUGGAGUUACUUUGCCGUGAUAGAAGACUUAAGUCCUUAAAUCAUUAUUUCAUGCUGAAGAAACUACACUGUAAAUAAACCUAAGUGAUGGCUAGUUCAAAAACAAAAAAGUUAUCAAACUUGCUCUACACAAUACAGAUAAUGAAAGAAAAAGACAAUGCUAUUUAUAAUUAAAAUAAUUAUUCUCUCUAGUUGAAAAAAACAAAACAUUUCUACAAAAAGGAAAACAUAAAAAUAGAAACAUAGAAUGUGACGACAGAAAAGAACCAUUCGGCCCAUCUAGUAGAGUUUCUAAAUACUUUCAUUAGUCCCUGGCCUUAUCUUAUAUCUAGGAUAGCCUUAUGCCUAUCCCACGCAUACUUAAACUCCUCUACCACUUCAGCUGUAAGGUUAUUCCAUCUGUCCACUACCCUCUCAGUAAAGUAAUACUUCCUUUUUAAACCUUUGCUGCGCUAAUUUAAGACUAUGUCCUCUUGUUGUGAUAGGGUUCCAUGUAGGGGUGUACUCACGUUUGUUGCCAGCGGUUUAGACAUUAAUGACUGUGUGUUGAGUUAUUUUGAGGGGACAGCAAAUUUACACUGUUAUACAGGCUGUACAUUUACUACUUUAGUAGCAGUGUCAUUUCUUCAGUGUUGUCACAUGAAAAGAUAUAAUAAAAUAUUUACAAAAAUAUGAGGGAUGUACUCACUUUUGUGAGAUACUGUAUAUACCCCCUAUAUUAGGGGUACAUUUUUGUAUUCCUAACACUAUAGUGUUUCAUUCACUAAAUGUUAAGUGUUUUGAAUAUCUCUUUAGUGAGAACUGCUGCAUUCAGAAGAUCAGAUUAUUUUGUAGUCAACUUCAGAGGAAACUCUAAAGGCAAAGUGGCAUUAAAGGUGUCACCAUAGUUAUGGAUUACAAAGCCCAAAUGUAAAUCUCUUCCAUUAAAGAUCAUGGUACAGUCAUCAAUAGAAAUGGCUGCAACCUAUAUGGAAAAGGCUAUGGCUUCGCUAAGCCGUUAUUUGGUCAUCUUUUAACAUGUUCAUCAAACCGGCUAGACAAGCCGCAGUCUGUUGUUGUUUUUUUUUUUUUUUGUAUUUAGUUCGAUAACUGCCGUGGGAAUGCCUAUGAGACGUCUUGUCAGGUUAGGGGCAACUCACAACGACAAGUAAGUAGGGUUAGUGUGAGAAAAUAUAUAAACUAAACUAAACUAAAGAUAGCCUAUGGUGAGAUAAAAGGCAGCUCCUCGAAUUAGAGUGAAGUGUAAGAUGACAUACUAAAGUAAGUUUUUGUAUUGGGAACUACUGAUCUGCCCAACGGUUCGAGACUUCCUAAUUCAAACAUCAGACAAAAGUGGAAGGAGAUGGGAAAAGCUAAAUGGAGUUGGAUUCAAUGUUGUUGUUCCAGUACUGUUCAGUCUCCGCUCUGAGUGGGGCUUGAGUGGAUACGUUGUUACGCUGUCUUAUCUUGUUACACUCCUCCCUAUAGCAGUCAUGCUACUUGACCACUGCAAGGCUAAAGGCCAAAAAAAAUGCCUGGUCAAUCCUGGGUCUUGGGCAAAAUAAAAUCCACAGAACAAGUGCAGCUGGACCUAACAAAUGCAGCCCAUAAAUAGAGUGCCAUAUUGCACACUCUAAACCUCUAGCCAUGGGAAAUAGACCUGGAUCCCAACUACCAUAGCAGGGCAUUCUAGCCUAGAUAGCAUGCCCUACUCGCCUUCUGGUUAUAUUUGCACUGUUCCCUAUAGACGGGCGUACUACGCCCCCAUUGUUUUGCUCAUUGGUUCUCGCGUUCUAACAUAUCUGUCCAGAAAAACUACUAAAUAAGUGCGAAUUGUACCUCUACCAUGCCUUGUAUUUACUAUGUACUGAUUUUGAAACGCGUGUAUCUGCUGCUGUGGUAAUACACGUCUAACUGUUAUUUAACUGAACAAAAAGAAUUGGGGAAAAAAAAGUGCAGCUACGUUCAUAUAAAAAAAAAUAUAUAUACUCUCAUGCUAAAAUGAGCUAACUAGAUAUUCCUACAAGGACAAUCUGGAAGCAAGACUGAAGCAGCAGGAAUCUGGCAGCACCUAGGUAAAAUGCCAAACCAUUCUGGAACUGCAUGCAUUCAAGUGAUAAAAAAAUGCAAGAAUGUUUUUAAUGGCUACUGUACCCUGAGCAGGAAAUUAUUAAUCUACUCUAAACAUAAAUAGUGGUGAGUGCAUAAACAUGUUUAUCUAUUGUCUACAUUUAAUUGCCAACAGCUUCAUUUUACCUUUGUAUUUGUUAGUAACCCAUGUGGUUUUUGCCCUGUUGUCCCACAGACCACCAUAUUUACCCUACCCUGAACAAUAUAUAUAAAAAGGGUUAUUCGUAACAUUCCAUCCAAUUUUGGAUUAUGUUGGCAUAUUUUUGUUUCAUACUUGAAAUGCUUAGAAGGAUAAACCACAGUUUUCACAUGAAAUUUAUAUGGGAAUUAUUAUCAAAGAUGUGGGGGAGAGGGGGGUCUGUUAUUUUUAGGAUGCUGGAAUGGCAGUAAAAGAAAAAUACGCUGUCGGGCAUAGUGGCAUUUAGAAAUGACCAUGUCUACUCUUCAGAGGGAGAGUUUAUAGUUUUUGAUCGAUUGUGUUUUUUCCUCACAUAUAGUGGCAGUAUUGCAACAUGUGGGUAGUCACUUCUCCCUGUGGACAAGAAGCUCACCAAAUUUAAAUAUCUAAAUCCCUUUCCUGCCUACUCACUUAGGCCUACUCUGCUCCUCCAAGCCUCACCAGUUCUUCAUGUCCUGACAACAGGACAGACAAGUUGCUCCAGGAGUUCUCCCCAAAGAUUCCAUGAAAAUGGAGGUGCUGUAAGCACAGGUUGCUGACUGAGGAGGAUGGUGCCUGAAAGCUCCCCGGGUGGAGAGCUAAGUGGUGAGACUUAUGUUCCGUAGCAUUACGGAAUGCGAUAUGAAGCCGGUUUAUGUGGCCAAGUUUAUGGGAGGCUCAUCGGUCGUCAGCCAGAACAGGUACUCCAUGUCACCAGCCUUCCUACGUUGUGGAAAAUGUAAUUUUUUAAAUAUUUUAUUCUAAAUAGAAAAAAAAACCUUUUUCUCAUUUUGUUUCUUACAGAAUAUUUCCAAUCUUGCCUUGCCGGAUAAAGCUGAAAAAGACUGA